AUGCCACGUCAUUCCUCAGACAUACGAACAGCGGUUGCCAUUGAUUGUGAGAUGGGCCAGGGCGCAUCUGGAGACUCCAAGCUCAUCAGGAUUACGCUGGUAGACUACUUCUCGUCGGCCAUACUCAUUGAUAAUCUCGUCUACCCAAGUGUAAAAAAUGGAGCACUUCCGGACAAAGUUCUCCGGUGUCAGCAGAUGGGAUAUCGAAACGGCAGAGAAAAGAGGGGCUUGCAUCAUGGGAAGAGACAAUGCUCGGUUAGCAGUGUGGAGAAGCAAAUUGAGAAAGAAUACAAAGAGCAAUGCGCUUCUGCGAAGGACGGGCAGGUGGAUGCCGAAAAGGACAGCACAGCAUCUGAUGGGCUAUCGUCACCAUCACCCUGUCCAGCCGUGAAGUACAACACUAGCGACGCAGGGGACAGACAACCAAACAAGAAUGAACUGUUGAAAUCUGACAAGGACAGCAAAUCAUCAAAGGAGUCGGAGGGCUCAGGGGCAAAUUCAAAACUGGAUGAGACAGGGGUCAGAGAAAAGCAAGGAAGAACAACCACGACAACAGAGGAAGAAGCCGAAAGGGAUGGGCAAGCUAUCACUCAAGUCACUUGCCAGGGAAAAACUGGGUAG